UUUACCGUAGAAGCAAAUAAAAUCUAAAAAUGUUGAUCCAUCAAACACAUUUAAACAUUAUUGUAGGUCAAGUCCAAGAAAGUUAAAACAAGUCUAAAUACAAACUAAAAAUUUUCCACUUGUGGUUUCAGAUGCUCUUUGUGAUGCACACACCUUCAUGCAGACCACAACAAAACCCAGAAUCACUUCAUCGAUCAGGCUGGGUCGCUGCAAAGUGGGCGUCAAAGUUUCCUCUGCUGGCAGGAAACAAGUCUGUGCCGAUUUUCCUGAGAAGUCAAUCAGACUGCUGGAGUUUUGAACAUGAUGGUUUCUCAUCACGACAUCUAGACAAAGAUCACAGAGAUUUCACAGUCAUUUCCCUUUCAAACCACAAACCUGUUGAAUAUUUAACAUCCAGAGUCCUUCAGAGCUGUAAGUGGGACAGGUGUGGAAACAAGCCGACCUGCAGACGUCCAGUUGAGCUGAAAUGUGUCAGGAGUCAUGAGUUUCUCCACCGCUCUCAGUGGACUCCUGCUGCUGCUCUCCGGGUCAGCGGUCCAGAGCCAGAGGACCUGGGCAGUGAUCUACUCUCAGACUCAGAUCUGUGCAGUGGAAGGAUCAUCUGUGACCAUCAGCUGCAGAUUCUCUUCUCCAACCAGAGGAAACCAAGAUGCUCUUCUAGAAACUCUGUGGUUCCUUAACGACCGUCCUGUGGAUCUGAGGUCAGACCCAGACUCUAGAGGUCGGGUUCAGACUCUCUGUGGUCCGACUGCCUGCGCUCUGACACUCACAGACCUGAGAGAGAGCGACUCGGGUCGGUACCGGUUCUGGUUCAGAACAAACCGUGGAAGUUAUUCUGGUUCUCCUGGAGUCUCUCUGACUGUUACAGGUGACUUUUCACUGACGCGUGUCUUUAAGAGGAUUUCUGGAUCCUCAUGGUUUCUGUGUUCAGCUCUGCAGGUGAAGGUUCUGAAGUCAGAGCGGAGAGAAAGUUUCACCAGAGCAGAUCUGAAAUGUCUCAGCAGCUGCCGGCCUGAUCAUCAGUCCUACAUCUGGAUCAGAAACAGGCGGGAAAUCCUGAAGGAAAUGUCUCCUUCUGUUUCAGUCUCUGUUCAUCCUGCAGACACAUACUCCUGCUCUCUGAAAGGAAACCAGGAGUUUCCGUCUCCAUCAGUCUAUCCUCCUCUUCCUCCCUCCGUCUCAGUCAGUCCCUCUGCUGAGGUCGAGGAGGGAAGUUCAGUGACUCUGACCUGCAGCAGCGAUGCUAACCCAGCAGCUAGCUACUCCUGGUACAAGGACAGCAUCACCAGUUCUCCCAGUAAAGACUCCCAACUGGUCUUCAGCUCCAUCCAGUCCUCUGACUCUGGACUGUUUAUCUGUAAAGCUGAAAACCAGCUGGGCUGGAAAUGGUCUGAAUUCAAACUGAUUGAUGUUAAAUAUCCUCUUCUUCCUCCGUCCGUCUCAGUCAGUCCCUCUGCUGAGGUCGAGGAGGGAAGUUCAGUGACUCUGACCUGCAGCAGCGAUGCUAACCCAGCAGCUAGCUACUCCUGGUACAAGGAGGAUGAAGAGUCUCCCAACGCUUCAGGACAGAGCUUCACCAUCACUGACGUCAGACCUGCACACAGUGGAAAUUAUUCCUGUAAAGCUGAAAACAUCAGAGGAAGUCAGAGCUCCACCGUUCACCUGGAGGUCAAAGGUCAUCUUCAGCUUCCUGUGGUUUCUCCAGAACCAGAGCAGAACUCUGAUCCAAAUGGUCUAAAUGAUCCAGAUCUGCAGCUGCUGCAGGAAGUGCAGCUGUUCUACUUCCUGUCGUUUUCCUCUCUGUGUGUCUGUGGAUCUGCAGGAAGAAGAGGAGCUCCAAAGAACCAGCUGAGCUCGGAGCAGACGACCUGCAGCAGGAGGAUCCAGAGCAGCAGGAUGAGCUUCAGUACGCCAGCGUCCGCUUCAUCAGGACGCAGCCAGACGGAGCAGCUCAGAGUCCCAGAGGAACCCAGAGUUACCGAGACGCUGCUGCUGCUGGGCUGCAGAGAGUCACGUUCACCCCAAGAUCCAGACAUGAUGACACCAGAGAGGAUCCAGCCGCACUUUACAGCACUGUCAACAAACACAGCAACUGACAACAGCAACGACUCUACCCAUGAUUAUAUUUUCCUUUUAGUUUCUAUAUGUUGUAUCUCUGAACUGUCAAAGUAAUAAUGAUUAAUAUCCAUCCGUCCAUUUUCUUACAGCCUUGUCCCUCGUGGGGUCAGGAGUCUCUCCAGCGAGAGGCGGGGUCACCUGGACAGGUCGCCCCUUAAUGAUUAAUAGUAAUUAAAAUUAAUGUACAUAUAGAAAUAUAAACAUACAUAUUCAUUGAUAACAAUGGGGAUAAUUUGUAGGAUAUUUUAUUCAAUUGUGUAAUUCUGCUGUUUGGCCACCAGAUGUCAGAAUCAGAAAUGAUUUUUAUUUCUUAAAGCUGCUCAGGUUGAAAAAUCAGGCUGGUGAAAGUUAACAUUGCUAUAAUUAUAAUAACCAAAUAAUCACCAUAAAAAUGUGAAAAGCAUCUUAAUAAAUUUGAGCAAAACAAAAUAACAUCUGCUUGAGAUAAAUAUGACUCUGAUGAGAGGCUCUGUUGUUUCCUGUAAUUGUUUUUUUUAGCCUGUCAGGAGAAAACGAUGG